AUGCAGCGAGAAAUAAUCGUAUGGCUUCAAUCGCUUGACCUAUCGCAUCAGGUCCGACACCCACAGCAGGAUCUCUCCAAUGGAUUCACAAUUGCCGAGAUUGUCAGUCGUUAUGACCGACGUGUGGGCAUGCACAGCUACGUGCCUGGAUGCUCCACGGAGUGCAAACGACGCAAUUGGAAGGUAUUACUACGUGACCUAAAACGUCUUGGUUGUGGCAGCGUGACAGCUGAGAUGGCAGAGGCGACCAUUCAGGGGAAGCCGGGUGUGGCGGCCAUGGUGCUGGACAACCUUUAUGAGUUCUUCUGCAACCGACCGAUUCCCCCUCGUGCAACGGACGGAAGUGACGGCAAUAAAAUGUCAAUUCUUAACUUACUAGACGCCUUGCAUGACGAAAAUAUGAAUCAUGUUGCGAAGACGCUGGAAAGGAAACCACUGCCUCUUCGUUCAAUGGAAAAUGAUGAAAUUGCGCUUGGUAAGGGGAUCAAACAGCCUGGAUUUGCGCGACCGACGGCAGUCUCACUGUUACACGUGGCCAACCGUGAUGCACGGAAUGCCGUGUUGGCUGCUGCGGUUCCCGCAGAUGAGUUACGGGUUCAGCAACGGAAUGAGAAGUUGUUAAACGAGCACAAUUUGCUCCAUAAGGCUUACCGGUACGCCGAGCCUCAACGCUUUGCCCCCGUGGAUCACAGUCGUCUUGCAGCGAUUGGGAAAAAGGACGGAAAAAGUGAAUCGGUCUUUAAAAUGCCUUUUCAGGAUGAUGCAAUUUUCGCCGACAAAGUCUCUGUGGUGGAGGUAAAUAUGUUAAGCAAACGACUUCUUGGCGCACUUCAAUUCCGAGAGUCCGCUGACAAUGCGAAGGCGGACUCCAGAGAGAAGUCGCGAGAAAAGGCUACCAAGAAACUGCUUGAGGCAUGUGGUCAUAAUCUUAGUUUGGGAUUAUCCAAGCUGCUGCGUACGACACUAGAGACCUCUGGUUUCAAGGAACUUCUUGGUGAAUCAAGCAAUGGGAUCGAUGACAAAAACAUCUUGACUUUCUUUGUGGGACAUCGGGAGGAAAUACCUUUUGCGGCUGCUGUUGCGUGCUGGUCUGCGCUAUUAAACGCAAGCAGUGCUAUUGCAUCGACGUUACUUAUUCGUCCAACAGAAUAUAUGUAUAUUUUAAGGGCCAUACGCUUUAUCUGUGUUCCCGAGAUGCUACAAAUCCCUCUACUACAUGUGUCUGCCCUGCCGGACAUGCAUAACGCAAGGAGGGAAAGCAUCCAUACAACUUCUACUUUAACGCACGGUGUUCGCUCUCUUCUACGCAGCAAGGAUACGUCUGAUGCCAUCCUCUCUUUAACAGAAGAUCUGAAUACACCGCAGCAGGCUGUAUUCUCAAACAAGCGGAUUUUCCAUGUUGCAUCGGUUUUUGUGUUUCUUUGCAGUAUUGGAAAGGAAGUACAUGCGGUUUCGCCCCAACUGGCAUACUCCCUAUUGAUGAACUACUUUGUCCCCACAAUCUCUCGAAUCUUUUGCCGUUCAAGUGCGGCGAUUUUGGAGGCAAUUGCACGCGUUGUUGUGGCACACAUCUGCGGAGACGGUUCGAAAAGUAAAAAGGGGGAAUCGGGAGGAAAUGCAACAGAAUCUGGGGAGGAACAGCAGCUGCAGCAAUCAGAGAAAACGGAAUGGAACGCUGCUUUACGAUUGACGUCGCUUCUGGCAGGCUCCUUGAAAACGGCCUUUGUUGGGGAUGAAUUCACAGACUCGACCAAUUCAGGCUCGAAACGCGCUCAAUAUGACCUCUUUCUCCUUCACGUGCUUCGCAUCGCGCGGGAAUCGCUCGGCACGGAUGACAUGGAAAAGGAAGAGCCAAAGAGCUCAACACUUGCCGCCCAGCAAGAAAUAACAAUAACGUCGGGGGUGUCGUUAUCUUCUAUGUCUUUUGUUUCUUCUCCCACCACACCUGUUGAAUUGUGCGCGCGUGGGGUUAUGGGCUCCCUUGGAUCCUCCUCUAUGCGUGAGCGCUCAAUUGGAGUAGCAAUGGUAAUACAAUUUCUCGCAUGGGAUCGAUGGGAUUUGGCACUUGAACCAUUUCUUUUUAUUUUGAAUGAUGUGAAGCAGCGGGGUGCAUCGGGAAGUUUUCUUCAACGGGCCGCGGAUGCAUGGGAAUUGCGAGUGUUUCUGCUGGAACUUUUAACCAUUACAUUUCGUAAAGCCUUGUAUGUCAUUGCAGAAGAAUCGGCGAGCGUGCUUCGGGGUGAGUCGAUGGUGCCAUCUUCCACCGAAAAAAUGAUGAGUCCAACAGUGGCGUCUGUCAUCAGACAGAAAAUUGACUUUGUGGUCUUGGAGGAGGCGACGGUGUUGUGCCUAGAAGUCUUUUUUGAGGCACCUUUGCUGCAGCAGCAAUUGGCGCUUCAGAUUGUGGGCGCUCGACUUCUUCCAGAUGAGCAGCGUAACGUUGCCGCCAUGUGGUUGCGUGGACUCUUUGCAUUUUCUGUGGAUCAGUUGGAUUUCCUGCUCCGACCCCACGAGGCGGAACCGCUCUGCAUGCAGGAUCCCACAUGUUCCACCCAGCAUCGCAUCCAUAGCGCUUCCUCUAGAUUUCCCGGGACCCUCACAAGUGAAUUUGAUGGGGAGAAGGAAGGUGAAGUAUAUUCUAUGCCGCCGCAACAGCCGGGGUCUGUGGACUCUUCUAAGGAGGCCUUUUCUUCUGUGCGUGUUUUGCUCGGUCGUGUAGAGCCCGCCUACGUCGUUUCCCCACUCAAUCAAUUGUGGGAUACAUUCAGUGUUGUGCAAGCGGCGCUCAUGUUUGAAGAUAUUUUAACCACCGCCCAAGUUUUUUCUGUCGUCUUGGCGGCGGUCUUGAGCCCACAGCUACGUGAGGCGCAGCGCUUAAGGCUCAUACAGAACCUUCACGCCGUGGGAGGGUUAUUGGCCUCCGAGACACCAAUCAUAACUGAUGAAGACAGUGCUCACGGCAAGGUGCCAAUUGUGGUAAAUGAUGACGGGGGUGAGAAGGCAUUAGACGUCACUUUAAGAGGACUGGUGGUGACGUACGGUCAGAGGGGCGCGGUGAAGAACGAGAGCGGGAGAGAAGCGGUGAGUACUCGGGAUAAUGUUGUGGCACCUGCUGGUGUGAGCACCAGCGCCCAUUUUGCCGUCGAAAACGACGAGCGAGGUGAAGCAUACGAUGAGGCUAAAGGGGAUGCGAAAAAGAAGGGAAAAUCCCAAGAAGAAGAAGAAGAAGACCCAGUCACACUUCUGGAGAGCCACGAAAAGGCAUUUUGGACUUCUGUACUGCGGUUGUUGCGAGCCCAGCUGCUCGAGUCCAUAACGAACGAGCAGUCGUUCCAACAGCAAAGAAAGAAAAAGAAGCCCUUGUCGAUACCAGCACCACCUGGGAACUCCUGGGCCUCUGUCUGCCGCGUUACGAAGACCGACACUCCGGCGCGAAUGAGAGAACUGGCAACGGCUGUACUUCUUACCCUGUAUUGCCGAUAUGGUGGAGUUUCGACUGAUUUGAUUUCGAAGGAGACUUCUCUUUGCGAUGCAUGCCAGUGGCUUACGGACCUGUAG